UGUGUGCUAUAAUAUUGCGUGUCUGCGACUCUGGAGCUGCGUAUAACAGACUCGACGUGUGUACCUAUAUCGAUUCUGAUAUCGCCGGGCCCGAAGCUUGGAUUUCGGCCGUCGAGAACAAAAAAUUGAACAAAGAGACGAGAGUCGAAGGAGAAUAAAGGGUGAGUUGGCUCGAGAGAGAAUUCGUAGGCUCGUUAUCGUUGCAUUGGAUGUAUAAGACUCUUUCCCGCCAUAUAGUCCGAGGCUUGCUUCGUCGUUCCUGCUCUGAGACUCCGAUUACUCCCCCAAGACAGUUCAGCUUGCAAAUUUUCAAAAUGAGUGCUGCUGAGAAUGGAGGCGAUGGAGGAGCUUCUAGUAAGAAGAAGGAUAAAUCCAUUGAGGGUAUUUAUCAGAAGAAAACUCAGCUUGAGCAUAUCCUGCUUAGGCCUGACACGUAUAUUGGUUCGGUUGAGCCUGUCACAGAAAUGAUGUGGAUUUAUGAUAAGGAGAAAGAAAUGAUGGUACAAAAAGAAAUAAAAUAUGUUCCUGGUUUAUACAAAAUUUUUGAUGAAAUUCUCGUGAAUGCUGCUGACAAUAAGCAGCGAGAUCCUGACAUGGAUUGUAUUAAAAUUGACAUUGAUGCUGAAUCAAAUACAAUCUCUGUGUGGAACAAUGGAAAGGGUAUUCCUGUGGUUGUUCAUAAAGGAGAAAACAUGUAUGUACCAACUAUGAUCUUUGGUCAUUUACUGACAUCUUCGAAUUAUGACGAUGCAGAAGAAAAAGUAACAGGAGGUAGGAAUGGUUAUGGUGCCAAACUUUGUAACAUAUUCAGUCAUCGUUUCACUGUUGAAACUGCUUGUAAAGAGUAUAAGAAAAGUUUCAAACAAGUUUGGGGAGAUAAUAUGGGCAAAGCAUCUGAUUCAAAGAUUAAAGAAUUUCAUGGCUCUGAUUUCACAAAAGUAACUUUUUCACCCGACUUGACUAAAUUCAAAAUGGACAAAUUAGAUGAUGAUGUAGUAGCUCUGAUGUCUAGAAGAGCUUAUGAUGUUGCUGCCUCCACUAGAGGUGUUAAAGUAUUUUUAAAUGGUACAAGAAUACCAAUUAAAAAUUUUAAAGAUUAUGUAGAUCUAUACAUCAAAGGCAAAGAGGAUGAUGCUGGAAAUCCAUUGAAAGUUAUUUAUGAAAAUUGUAACCCUAGAUGGGAAGUGGCAAUUACUAUGUCAGAUAAAGGUUUUCAACAAAUGUCUUUUGUUAAUAGUAUAGCUACCACAAAGGGUGGUCGUCAUGUUGAUCAUGUAACAGAUAUGGUUGUUAAACAACUUAUUGAAACUUUGAAGAAAAAAAAUAAAGCUGGUUUUCAAAUCAAACCUUUCCAAAUCAAGAAUCAUAUUUGGAUAUUCAUUAACUGUCUGAUUAAUAAUCCAACAUUUGACUCUCAAACAAAAGAGAACAUGACUUUGCAGCAGAAAAGUUUUGGUUCCAAGUGUAAUCUGAGCGAGAAAUUCAUCACAAAUGUUACAAAAAGUGGAAUCGUUGAGUCUGUUUUGUCUUGGGCUAAAUUCAAAGCUGACAGCCAACUCCAGAAACUUGGCCCAAAAUCCAAACAAAAAAAAUUACAAGGCAUACCAAAACUUGAAGAUGCUAAUGACGCUGGUACAGCUAGAUCUCUAGAUUGCACUCUGAUUUUGACUGAGGGAGACUCAGCCAAAAGUAUGGCUGUGUCAGGUAUUGCUUCGAUUGGACGCGAUAAAUUUGGCGUGUUCCCUCUGAAGGGUAAAAUUCUUAAUGUGAGAGAAGCAACCCACAAGCAAAUCUUAGAGAACGCGGAAAUCAAUAACUUGAUCAAAAUUCUGGGUUUGCAAUAUAAGAAAAAAUAUGAAUCUCGUGAGGACAUGAAGUCUCUUAGAUACGGAAAAAUUAUGAUCAUGACAGAUCAGGAUCAGGACGGUUCUCACAUUAAAGGCUUACUCAUAAACUUCAUCCACCACAAUUGGCCAUCACUUCUUAAACUAAACUUUAUUGAAGAAUUCAUUACUCCCAUUGUUAAAGCAAGAAAAGGAAAUCAAGUAUUGUCAUUUUUUUCAUUACCUGAAUUUGAAGCAUGGAAGAAAGAUACAGCCAAUUCUCACACUUACAAGAUCAAGUACUACAAAGGUUUGGGUACGUCCACUGCUCAAGAAGCAAAGGAGUACUUUGAAAACAUGGCACGCCAUCGUAUCCGAUUUAGGUACGACGGCGAGCAAGAUGAUCAAAAUAUUAUUAUGGCAUUCAGUAAAAAGUGCGUUGAUCAACGUAAGGAUUGGUUGACCAAUCAUAUGGAAGAAACAAAACGACGAAAAGAAAUCGGCCUUGGCGAACGUUAUCUGUAUGAAAAGGAUACGAAAGCUGUUUCUUUUUCUGAUUUUAUCAAUGUAGAACUCGUGCUUUUCAGUAACUACGAUAACACUCGUUCUAUUCCUAAUAUGAUGGAUGGUUUGAAACCUGGUCAAAGAAAGGUUUUGUACACCUGCUUUAAAAGAAAUGACAAACGUGAAGUGAAAGUUGCUCAAUUGGGUGCUUCCGUAGCCGAGCAUUCUGCCUAUCACCACGGCGAAAUGUCCCUCAUGUCAACGAUCAUUAAUUUAGCUCAAAAUUUUGUUGGCAGCAACAAUAUUAAUUUGCUUCAGCCCAUUGGUCAAUUUGGUACGAGAUUACAAGGUGGUAAAGACGCGGCUAGUCCUCGUUACAUUUUUACGAUGUUGAGUCCAUUGGCUCGCUUUAUUUAUCACAAGCACGAUGAUGCUUUGCUUCGACAUGAGUACGAUGAUAAUCAAAAAAUCGAGCCGACCUAUUAUGUACCAAUCAUUCCAAUGGUACUCGUCAAUGGUGCUGAUGGUAUAGGCACUGGAUGGAUGACGAAAAUUCCCAAUUACAAUCCUCGUGAGAUUAUUGAUAAUCUGUUGAGAAUGAUGGAUGGCGGUGAACCCAGAUCAAUGAAACCAUUCUACAAAAACUUCACUGGAGAAAUUGACAACUGUGGCGAAUACAGAUACCUUAUUAGCGGUGAAAUUAGAAUCAUUGGUCAUGACAAGGUGGAAAUCACUGAAUUACCAAUCGGCACUUGGACUCAAGUUUACAAGGAAUCCGUUUUGGAGCCUAUGCUUCAUGGAUCGGAUAAAUCUCCCGCACUUAUCAGUGAUUACAAAGAAUAUAACACUGAUACUGAAGUACACUUCAUUGUGACAAUACCACGCGACAAGCUUGUAGAAUUGGAAAGAGAGGGUCUUCAUAAAGUAUUCAAACUGCAAACUACAACAUCUAUCACGUCUAUGUGUGCUUUUGACGAGAAUCAAUGUCUGAAGAAAUACGACGACGUUCUUCAAAUUAUGAAAACUUUCUUCAAAGUCCGACUCGAUUUGUACCAAAAACGAAAGGAUUAUCUUGAGGGAAUUCUGCAAGCCGAAAGUGCCAAGCUUUCCAAUCAAGCAAGAUUUAUUUUAGAAAAGUGUGACGGCACUUUGACGGUCGAGAAUAAGAAGAAAAAAGACAUGAUUGCGGAACUAAUUAGACGAGGCUAUGAUUCGGAUCCAUUGAUCGCCUGGAAGCUUACUCAAAAUCGCGAUGAAGUUUUGGAUGAAAUUGCUGAAAAUGAAGAUGAAGAACAAUCAAGUCCUGCUGCUAUUGAAAAAGAAAAUUUCGAUUACCUAUUGGGUAUGACUAUGUGGAGUUUGACCAAGGAGAAGAAAGAUGAAUUACUAAAGCAAAAAGAUGAGAAACUUGCAGAAUUACACAGAUUGCAAGCUCGUACGCCAUUGUCAUUGUGGAAAGAGGAUCUUGAUAACCUUCUAGCUGAACUCAACAAAACUGAAGAAAAAGAGAAAAAGAAUGAAUCAAAAUCUAAAGUUAAAACGAAAAAGCCACCGGCAAAGUUUUAUAAUUCUGAUGAAACUCGAAGAAUUGUACCUAUGAUUGAUAAUGAAAUGAAAAAGAAGAUUGAAAAAGCUGACAUUGCCACUAAAGAUAAAAAAGAUGGAAUUAAAAAAGAAAAGAGAGUUAAGAAAGAAAAAGGUGUUGUAGAAGAAAAAGAUGAAUUUGACGCUCUUAUUGAAGGUACCAAACAACCACUGGAUGAUAGAUUAGGCGAAUCGCCGGAUAAACUAGAAAAAGAGAAAAAGGGCAAGAAAGGGUUAAAACAAACUAAACUUCCUUUUAAACCUGCGAAAAAAGUUAAAAAAGAGAAAGAAUUUGACGAAAGUGGUGAUAGUGAUGAAGCGGAAAUAGAUUUUGAUUCACUUUCUCCUCCUCCUCAACCUAGAGCUCCUCGGAGGGCUGCAGCAGCACAAAAGAAGUACACCAUCGAUAAUAGUGAUGAAUCCAAUAGCAGUGAAGCUGAGUUACAUAGUAUAGGAUCUGAUGACGAUAAACCCGUUAUGCAGCAUAUGUCAAAAAUCGAUAGUGACUCCGAUGAUGACUUGAAGAUUAAAAAAGAAACUGCCAAACCACAACCAAGCUCUGAAGAAUUAUUUGACACAUUGAUCUCAAGUUCACCGGAGAAAAAAGUAGUAGAAAAGUCAACUUCAUCUAUAGCCAUAUUCAGUUCUUCUGAAGAUACUUCGCCAAUCAAACCACCACCCAAAAAGAAGGCACCGCCGAAAAAGAAACCCGAAAAGAAAACUGAAAAUGGCGAAGAAAAAACGAAAAAAAGACCAGCCAAAAAGAAGACUGCAAUAUCUGGAUCUGAUUCUGAAGAUUUAUACUCAGUUAAAUCAACACCUCCAAAGAAGAAGAAGAAGGCAAAGAAAGACUCAGAUGAUUCUGACGAAGACAUGGUCGUCGAGGAAUCUCCUCCCCUUAGAAAACCAGCAGGGCGAUCUCGUAAACCAGUCUCUUACAAGUUGAAAGAUAUGAGCUCAGACUCUGAUUACUAGGUUUCUUAUGAAAAUUUUUAAAUUAGUAGCAAGCGUAGCUACGUCAUGCAUCAUAAGUUAUAAACUCAGGAAGUACUCAGCAUACAACGGAUUACAGUGACUAAAUAUUUGGUUAUUGUGAAUUUUUUUUAAGUUAGCGUUGCGUUAUCUUGUAAAAAUAUUUUUAAGUGCGUAUUUGUAAAUAGUUUAAGACUGUCGUUUACUAGUAUUUAUACAAGCAAAAAUGAAAUAUUUGUUGUUUCCACAAAUUACUACAAUAUAAUACAGUAAGGUUUCAGUACUAGUAAUUACAAGUACAGUAAUUACCUUGAUAUUUUAUGUUAAGAGUACAGUUCGGCCGAUUAUAUAUAAAGAAAUUGGUCUUUUCGUUACUUAAUUUUUCAGAUAAAAAAAUUGAUUUCAUUUUUCGCUUUUCAAAAAUAAUAUACUAACAAUAAAAAUAUAUUUUCUAUCGAUAUUUAUCACGUUUGUAUUACUAACGAUUGCUCUUUUAUAAAAGAUUUUCAUGGAAGAAAAUCACCAACUUUUUUGAGCAAUUGCCAAGAAUUGUUUGCAACUAUAUGAUUAUAAGAUUAUGUGUUUUUGGAAUAGUUUGUUCUCUUGAAUAUAAAGUACAAAUUUUGAUACGUAAGUUUAGAAAAAAACGAACCAAGAUGCAGAGUCUAAUUCAAUAGUUAUUUUUGUCAAUUAAUUACUGAUCGAACGAUACAUUGUACAUGACUGUUGUAUUUCUAAUUUAUAACUUUUUAUGACUCGAUUCUGCUACCUCAUUUUUUAUAUAAAAUAUAUUAAAUAAAUAAUGUAGUUAUUUGUUCUUGACUACAAUUUUCAUAAAGGUUUUAACAGACUACUUCUAAAUAUGAAUAAAAUUACUCAUACUAGAAAA